AUGGAGAGUCGAAUGCAAAACGUUAAGUUAAUAAAACCUUUGGUGGUUGGAACUUACGCAUUUUUAUUGUCUCCUCAGGAAAAAAAAAAAUAUGGUAAUAUGACACAUAAGUGGACAUGCUUAGUAAGAUGUCCAGAAUCUACUGAUAUUUCUCUUAUUGUUAGUAAAGUAGUUUUUGAAUUAGAUCCUUCUUUUAUGUACCCAAAAAGAGUGUAUACACAACCACCAUAUGAAGUGAAUGAAAUAGGAUGGGGUGAAUUUUAUUUACAAGUUAAAAUACAUUUUGUAGAUUUAACAUUAUCUCCAAUAAGUAUAGUUCACCUUGUCAAGCUCAAUACUGAUUGUGACCCCAAUAACGUUCCACCUUGUGUAGUUAAUGAGACAUAUGAAGAAAUUAUUUUUAAAAAUCCUACUGUUAAUUUUUACAAUAAAUUUUUACAAUGUAACAAUACAAAAAUUGCUCCGCACAAAUUUCAAGAGCACUUUAUAAAAUAUGAUUUUAAAGAAGAUAGUUAUACAAAAAAGUAUCUGCAAUUUCAAUCAGAAGUGCAGCAAGAAAUUUGUGAUUUGAUGUCAGAGGCAACAUUAUUAUCAAAGGAUAUUAAUGACGUUCAACAAAAAUACUUCACAAUGAAAUCUGAGAUGGGUGUGAGCAGUGAUGAAAAUUAA